AUGAUGAUGAUAAACUCCACACUGGUUUCAUAUUUCACUUUUGGUGCCUAUGUUGACACCGGGAUGUUUAAAUAUUUGUGGUUCAUGAUUAUCAUGUGUUUUUAUGUUGUAAUUCUUUGCACCAAUGUGUUGCUCAUUGUGGUGAUCUGUAUGAACAGAAGCUUACAUGAACCUAUGUACCUUUUUCUCUGCAGCCUGUUUGUAAAUGAACUGUUUGGUAGUUCAGGGUUGUUUCCAUUCCUUCUGGUUCAGAUCCUCUCUGACAUUCACACUGUUUCUGCUCCACUUUGUUUCCUGCAGAUCUUCUGUUUGUACACUUAUGCAAAUGUACAAUUUUAUAAUUUAGCCGUCAUGUCUUAUGACAGAUAUCUUGCUAUUUGUUAUCCUCUACAAUAUAACACACGUAUGGCAUUUAAUAAGGUUACCAUGCUUAUUGCUGUAACAUGGUUAAUCCCUCUUCUUAAUAUUGUAGUCAUGAUUUCUUUGAGUGCAUCUUUACAGCUGUGUGGGAACAUUAUUGACAGAUUGUUCUGCGAUAACUAUUCUGUUGUGAAACUGGGCUGUUCUGACACGACAGUCAACAACAUCUAUGGACUCAUGUACACUUUCAUUGUAUUAUUUGGUCUUGCAAUAAUAAUCUUUUACUCGUACAUGAGGAUCCUGAGAGUUUGUUUCUCUGGUUCUAAACAGACACGACAGAAAGCCAUCAGUACCUGCACACCUCACCUCGCCUCCCUGCUCAACUUCUCCUUUGGGUGUUUCUUUGAAAUAAUACAAGGCAGAUUUGAUAUGAACGGAGCACCCAUUAUGUUGCGCAUCUUUUUAUCUUUAUACUUUCUCACUUGCCAACCGCUCUUCAACCCUUUAAUGUACGGACUGAAUUUGACAAAAAUCCGCAUCAUCUGUAAAAGUCUUGUCUUUGGUAAAAUGUAA